AUGAAUGUCGCGGCCGGUCCCAAGUUGGCGGCUGCUGUCACGAAUGCAGGAGGUCUCGGAGUUAUCGGUGGCAUGAGCUAUUCGCCCGACAUGUUGAGAGAGCAGAUUGAUGAGUUGAAGAAGGACUUGGUCGACAAGAACGCCCCGUUCGGCAUCGAUCUGCUGCUUCCCCAGGUCGGAGGUAGCGCCAGAAAGACCAACUAUGACUACACCAAGGGAAAGCUGAACCAGCUAGUUGAUGUGAUUAUUGAGUCUGGCGCAAAGCUGUUCGUUUCCGCUGUCGGCGUCCCACCAAAGGAAGUUGUGGACAAGCUGCACAAGCACGGCAUCUACUACAUGAACAUGGUCGGACACCCAAAGCACGUGCAGAAGUGCAUUGAUAUUGGAUGUGACAUCAUUUGCGCGCAAGGUGGCGAGGGUGGUGGACACACGGGAGACGUACCCACGACCGUCCUCAUCCCAGCAUGCGUCAAGGCCUGCCAGAACUCCAAGAGCCCUCUGACCGGCAAGCCAGUUCAGGUAGUUGCCGCCGGUGGUAUGCAUGACGGUAAAAUGCUUGCUGCUUCCCUGAUGAUGGGUGCCGAGGCCGUGUGGGUAGGUACGAGGUUUAUCCUGGCCACCGAGGCUGGCGCUCCGCAGGCGCAUAAGGAGUCGGUCAGGACAGCCAGCUUUGACGACACCAUCCGCACACUCAUCUUCACUGGCCGACCUCUACGUGUCCGCACGAACCCAUACAUUGAGAGCUGGGAGAAUGACAGACGAGACGAGCUCAAGGAGCUUACCUCGAAGGGAAUAUUGCCCUAUGAAGCUGAUCUCGAAAAGGUGAUGAAGGGAGACGGAGACAAGAUCCCAGGAACCGAUUCGGUUUCCGCUGGCGAAGACGAUGACCUUGACGAUAUGUUGGACCAAUUCCGACCAUUCCUAAUGGGCAAGUGCGCAGCUUUGGUAAACGACGAAAAGAGUGCCAAGGAAAUCGUGGACGAGUUUAUCACAGAUGCCUCAGCUGCACUGAACAAGGGAACUCAACAACUCGCAAAGUUGUAA